CACAUGCUGCACGAUUUGCGCAGUCACAGGGGUCGCGAAGUGCUCGUUAACGUUAGUUUUGCAAUGCUUUACACGUGCCUGCUCAACAGAUGGUGUCGUCCUGGGGAAGUCAAAUAAGUAUCAUAUAUUUGGAGAACCGUGCGAUACGAAAACAAAAAAUCCAUUCUUACGCCUUCCACGAGCUAGUUUUGAAUGGACAACCAUGCUAACUAGCAAUUGGCGACGUAACGUUUCUUCUGUUCGUUUCGUAACCUGCUUCCUUGCAUUUGGUAGCGAAGUACAAGAUCAUAGUUCAGCUAAGCAAAAAUGACAUACUUAACAAAACAAAAGGCACUGUUUACUUUGGCAAUCCGCGACAAAUACAUAGUAGAGAAGACACUUUUGAAGAUAAAAGGACGGCAGGGUCCCCGGAAGAUGUUUUUGCACACCGAACGAAUAGGUGGACCAAGAGGCCUUCCAAUUGUGCAUCACGAUAAAUAUGUGUGUGACCUCCCGCCAAACCACAGAUUUCCCAUGGGGAAGUUCCCUAGAGUACUACAUUUCCUCAUUAAAGAUCAAGUAGUAACAGACAAACAGGUGUGGACACCUAAUUUGGCGUCGGAGGAGCUACUUGCCUGUGUGCACACAAAGGAGUACCUGCAUAACUUCAUGAACGGGAAGAUCGAAGAGAAGGAACAGAGGAGGACCGGCUUUCCCUGGAGUGAGGGCAUUGUGCAGCGCUGCCGAUAUGAAACAGGGGGCACGGUGCUGGCGGCGGAGAUGGGCCUGGCGUGCAGCACCGCCGGGGGAACUCACCACGCCUUCCCCGGCUACGGGACGGGGUUCUGCCUCCUCAACGACCUGGCCGUGGCCGCGAAACACUGGACGGGCGAGUCCACACCCAGGAGGAGGAGGAAGGUCCUCAUAGUGGAUCUGGAUGUGCAUCAGGGAGAUGGCACAGCCUACAUUUUCAGAGGGGAGCCAGACGUUUUCACCUUCUCAGUGCAUUGUGGGAAGAAUUUUCCAGUGCGGAAGCAGCAAAGCGACCUUGACGUCAGCGUGCGAGAUGGCAUGGAGGACAAAGAGUAUCUCGCUACGGUGGAGACGCACUUGCCCUGGCUGCUGAAGCGUUUCCGGCCGGACUUGGUGCUCUACGACGCGGGCGUUGAUCCUCACCAGGAAGAUGAGCUGGGGAGGCUUUGCCUAACGGACCAAGGGCUGUAUCAGAGAGACUUGUAUGUGAUUGACACUGUGGUGAAGAGUGGCACUCCAGUUGCUACGGUGAUUGGCGGGGGAUACUCCAGGGAUAUUGACCGUCUGGCGACCAGGCACUCCAUAGUCCACAGAGCUGCAACACGGGUCUGGAAACAGCAGGGAAUGUAAUUACAUGCACAAUUACACAUUUUGAUUCCUCCACAAGAACAAAGGGAGUUAUUUU